UCUGCCUUACCACAUCCACUGUGGGACGAGAAUGCCCGUGUUGUACAGAGACAGCGAUACGGGCUGAGCAGACAUGGAGGCCGGAUUAUCGAGAGAGGCCCGCGCUGACACAUCCAGGCCAAGCUAACGGCGAGUCGUUGUGGAUUUUAGAGCAUCUCUGGAGAUAUUACGGAUACCAGUCGCCGAAAGAGAAAAUGGUUUAAACCGCAAGGUAGAAGAAAUACAGGGAGAUCCAUUUCAGCAGUUGGAGGAUUAAAAGAUGAAAAUGUGGCCACCACGUUGAUACACAUGGAGAACAGGACACAUAGCCGAACAAUGUGAACACCGUUUUCUGGACUAUUUCACAGUUGAAGGACGAAGAAAGAGGGCUGGACAGCAAAGAAAGAAGUGAAGCCGACUCCAACCAAGGAGAGCAUCAUUUUCACAGUUAUCCCCUCUCCCCUUUUCCCCCUUCAUCCCUUUCCCUUCCCCAUACAAUAACUACGUGGUAUCCACAACACACCCCUCCCCUUUCAAACAUAAGUCCACAUUUCCUAAAGUUCUGAUGGAUCAAAAGGUUCAGGGGAGAAUUACAACUCCACCUCUCUCCAGUGCUCCCACAGGAGAGCAAGAGAAGGAUGGAGGGGGUGGAAAGAAAGAAGAAGAGGAUGAAAAGAAGCGGGACAGAGAGAAAGAAGAUGCUGCAGCUGUCCCUGCUGAUGCAGGUGGGCCAGGAGUUGCCAACGAUGACCAGUCUCAGUUUUCUGUCAAAGAGAGCAACCUGUCUGAGGGCAACGUCAAACUUAAGAUUGGCCUUCAAGCAAAACGCACGAAGAAGCCCCCGAAGAUCUUGGAAAAUUAUGUGUGCCGACCAGCCUUCAGGGCCACUGUGAGGCAUACGGCUCGUGGAGGGGGUAGUGCUCGUGGAAGCCGUGCAGGGGCUGCAAGUGAUGGCCCUCGCAGUCAGAGCCAGAGUCCCUCAAAAGGCCGGGAAAAGGAGAAGGAGAAGAAUCAGAGUGUGAACAAACAGCCACCUUCAUCAUCUUCAUCAGUUCCAUCUGCUAAGGUUUCUACACCACCUCCUCCUGCUCCUCCUACCAUCACCAAAACCCCAUCACCCUCCCAAGUGAAUGGGAGUGCUCCAUCCAAAAAGCAGGGGCAACCAAAGACAGAUUGCAAGUCAGAUUCAAAGUCUGAUACAAAAUUGGCUACUAUCACAACUGAAAGACCCCUUAAUCUUCACCGUCCUCCAUCAGACAGCAAAUCACAUUCCUCUGGAAAGAAAACACCAACUCCACAAACAAACCCACGAACAACUUCACCUCCAUCACCGCUACCUGCGUCAAAAGAACCAACAUUUGAGGGUGUUAAGCCUCCUCAGUACACUUGCAGCACAGAUGUUCAGAAAGACAGUGACAAAGGUGUUCAGAUUUGGGGAGCACCGACAGUAACUGAGAAAUUAGCCCAGCUAAUAGCGACCUGCCCUCCAUCAAAGCUCCCUAAACCAACUAAACCAACAAAGACUGAUCCUGUUCCUCCCCUCCCAAGUUCAGGAUUCAUGGCUCCCACAGCCAAGCAACGGGACAGGGCCAUGGCCAAUAGGAACACAUAUUCAAGAAUUUUGCACCUUUCUCCUCCACCCCCUGUGUCAAGACCACCUGGUCGUCCUUACGGUUCUAGGAACAAAGACGGCGUUCCAGAAAAUUCAUUCUACCUGAUGCAAGGAAGGAAGGAGGACUCAGAAGAGGCUGGAAAAGCUGUUUGCAGCGGCAACAACAGCAUUCACAUUAGUAGCAGCAACAGCAGUAGUCGCAGCAGCAGCCCUGCAUUCCCCUAUAAUCGCCUGUCAUCUAUGUCAAAGGACGGCAACAGUGAAAACAGCAACAGCAGUAUUUCUAAGCCACAGUCGCGCCCUGCUCAGAGCUCACUACACACCACAUCACCAUUUUGCCCAGUUUCAUCCUCUUCCUCUAUUUCAGCUGAGCAGAGAACAGUGAGUGCAGUGAGUCAUCUGGGCUCGCUUGUUCCGUCACAAGGACACCAUGCUCAAGAGUCCCCAGCUCUGGCAGAGGAAAGUGGUGCAGGUUUAAAGGAGCAGAACAGUGAAAGCCCCAGAGACUUGACUAAGUGCCCUCCUUCAACAGGAACAGGAAAACCAGAGGGGAAAGAUAGGGUAGCAAGUAAUCAGUUACUGCGUGUUGAGAGGGGGAACAGUUCUAGUCCAAGUAAGCGCAGUCCUAACAGGGAUGGUAGUCAACCUAGACGAAGUACUAGCCCUCCUGAGCCUGUUAGACAGAGGGCGCCUUCUCCAUUUGAGCCAGAUGAUGAAGAAGGUUCACAAACACCUCUUAGAGAUGACUCUCCUGAUUCAUCUCUGGACUCAAAUGAUGAACAGGACAGUAAACCUUUCAAAAAGCGCAGGGGGAGUAAACCUCACUGGACUCAUGUUAUGAACAAAAUGCAGAGUCUACAAACAGACCAAGGCAGUCUCUUCAGUGAAAACAAAAGCACCCUGCCUUUAUCUACAAGCUUAGAAAUACUGUCACCACCAGUUAAAAGACCUGUAGGCAGGCCACCAAACCCAAAUAAGGCCAAACCAAAUCCUGUGCAUCAGAGUUCAAUGUCACAGCUUUUUCCACCUCGACCUAACAAAAGGGGGAGGCCAAAGUCUAAAAUGCCCAGACUUGACGCCCCAGCACCUGGGAACUCCUCCAAUAAGCUAGCCUCCUCCAAAGUUUUUUCUUCUUUGCUAAAGUCCAAGGAAGAGCAGGACCCACCUGUUCUUCACCCAGAGGUGGACUUAAACCCCCCUAAGCCUAUGCCUAGAAAACGUGGACGUCCAAAGCGCCUGCCUCCUACUUUACCCCAAGAAGGCCAGCCUCCCACAUUAGCUCCUGAGGCAGGAGACAUGGGAGACAAACGGUUCUGCAGUAAAGGAAAUGGACAGCUUAUUAUGAAAACUAUCAUUGGCAAAAUCAAUAAGAUGAAAAGUGUGAAACGUAAAAGAUUUUUGAGUCAGAUCUUUUUAGGCCCAAGAACAGAAGAAGUUCCUAAAAGCAGCACUAGUACAGUGGUGAGCCCUGGGGAAAAUACAACACAGUCACUAUCCUCCCUUGCUGCUUCUUUUGGGGGGAAAUUAGGGCCACAAAUUAAUGUCAGUAAAAAAGGGACAAUAUACAUGGGCAAAAGGAGAGGUCGUAAACCAAAAUCAGUGGCUUCAAUGUCAUUGUCAGAACCCUUUCUGUCUCCAAAUACCACUUCCCCUCUCCAUCAUCAUCAGUCACAUUCUCAGCACCAGCUCUCAUCAUCAGAGGUCUUUCCCUCUCCCUCCCUCUCACAAUCAAGUGGAAGCCACAGUCCGAUCAGUGAUGCCAGCUUCGUGGAGCCUGGCUCAGUGCACUUUUCAGGUCACUCUCACUAUUCUAGCUCCCAUCAUAGCCACAACACAUUCUCCUUCCCUCCCCCAACAUUUUCAGCCCCUAACAAAGUCCUAGGUUCUACGUUAUCCUCAGUGGCCACAGCAGCAUCCCAGAAAAAAUCUUGCAGAGGAUACCCUCACCACCACCAUCAUUACAGGCAGCAUUAUUAUUAUCAUAAACUUUCUCCUCCAAGGCCACUCCAUCCUACCUCCCCAGCUCCCCUCAGUGAGCUGAAAGAAGCCACUCCAUCACCAGUCAGUGAGUCCCACAGUGAGGAGACAGUGCCCAGUGACAGUGGCAUAGGAACAGACAAUAACAGCACAUCUGAUCGUGGAGAGAAGGCUGGAGGGGCUGGCGGGUUGGGUGGAAUUGGGAUUCCAACUGGAAUGGGAUUAUUAAUGCCUGGUGUCAUGGGUUCGGCAAUUGCUCCAGGGAUGGGACUUAAUUCCAGAGGCAGACGUCGACACUCUGCUGUGCUUAUGGAGCGUCCCUCACCUUCUCCAUCACCCCAUGGGGCAAGGUUAUCGCCUGACCUUCGAAGACCACACCCAACAGCUCCUGCCUCCUCUUUACUGAGCCACAAAGAGAAACAUAAGCACAAGUGUAAACGCCGCAACCAUGGAUGCCCGGGCUACGAGAAGCUAAAGAGACAGAAGAGGAAACGAAAGAAGAAGUAUUUGCAGCUGCGGUCUCGUCGACUUGACCCGGACUUUCUUGCUGAGCUAGAUGAGAUAAUUGUGAUGCUAAGUGAAAUACAGAUUACACACCGUUCAGCAGGACACCGGCUCAACACUGGAAUAGGCAUAGCACCAGGAACAACCAGAAUGCCCGGGUUGGGAAACAGACCUAGUGGUGGAAUCGGAGGCCCGAGUGGUCCACCUCCUCAUCACUAUGUUCACAGGGACCUCCUGCCUACAAUCUUCAGGGUUAAUUUUGGCAGGUUUUAUUCUCAUCCUGCAUACUCCUGCGAUCCGUUGCACUAUGUUCGUAAACCAGACAUGAAGAAAAAGCGUGGACGACCUCCCAAACUGAGGGACUCCAUGUCUGAGGUUCCAUUUGUACCAGGACUGGGAUUCCCACUCUCAAGUGGAGGUUUCUAUCAUCCUUCUUAUGGAGUUCCUUACUCAUCUGGGCCUCUGGGAUUGGGCUAUUACAGAGGCUAUCCACCUGCAAGUGCCCUGUAUCCUCACCCACACCACCAGUCGCCUCACACAGCUCCAUCCCACCACUCUCACCACUCACCAUCUUUCCCUCCACCACCCCCCACUCCUUACAUGCAUCAUCACCACCCUUCACAUCUACUACUAAACCCAUCAAAAUUUCACAAGAAAAAACACAAACUGCUCAGGCAGGAGUAUCUAGGAGGAGGAAGAUCCCCUGUCCUUUUCCCACCCAUGUCCUCUGAUCUUUCUUUCAACUGGCAUCAUAAACACAAACACAGGCACAAACACAGAGACCGCUGCUCUGAGGAAGACAGGGAGGAAGCGGCGAGGAGUGGAUCGGGGAGUCGAGCUAGUGCAGGUGUUUCUGACAAAGGAGCAUCCAGUAAAGGAGAGCGCAUUGGUGGUUUGGGAAUGACCGAGUCGUUACAAAGAUGCCGCUUUGGAAGAGACGCUUCUGGUACCACUACCGGUAAGCAAGCUGCCGCCACCUCUGCAAACUCACCCUCUUCUUCUUCAUCAUCAUCUGCAGACAGAUACAAGCGCAAAGAAAGCUCCAUGUCCUGUUUAGGACCUUCUCGGCUUACACUGGAUAGCAGCACAAAAGGCAGUCAUCCAGUUGCAUCCUGGUUCAGAAUGGGUAGUUCUGAAGCAGACUAUUCUCAGCUUUCACGGAACCAUGCGGCCCCUGGCCAGGGCUUGUUCUCAGAUGGACGGGCCGGCGACCCAGCAGGCUGCUCUGACAGUGAGGAUGAGGAGCCGCUUACUCCCACAGAGGAUGUAGAAGCUCACGAUUCUCCUAAUCGCACAAAUCUCUUUGCCUCGGCUCUCACCCGAACUUCACUGAAGGGCGGCAGGAACAGAAAGACGGAAAUGGUCGCAGACAGUUCCAACUUCAGCCACAUGGAUCGGCCGGUGAGGAAGGACCACUCGACAUCAGCAGAGAGGAGGGAGUUAGGGUCAUUAGGUAUUCAGACGAGAGGUGUCCCGACCUCUGAAGGGACUGAAGGAUCUUUACACCACCGGCAGCUGCACCACCACCAACCCUCGCUGUUUCACUCCCACACCUCCCCUUCCUCCUCUUGUCUUUCACCCCCUCAGGACUUUUACCUGGAUUCCUCCUUGGCCCACCUCUCCCAUCUUGCACAGCCCUCGAAACGCAGCCUGCAUCACGUCAACAAGAUUCUGCGUGCCAAGAAACUGCAGAGGCAGGCUCGCACAGGAAACAACAUGGUGAAAAAGAGGGGUCCUGGACGUCCCAGGAAAUAUCCGCUCCCCUCCCCACCACCUUCCCCUCCCCCGGUGGCUGAACUGAAUCAAGGCCGGCUCAGGGACAGUGGGGCCGAACGGCUCGUAGGACGAAGCGGUUGGGAGGGCCCUACUGCCACAAAUGCUAUUGAGACUGUAGUCCAGGGGCAGCGUAGAAAAGGUCCGAAGAGGAAGCACUGGGAGGGAGAUGAGGAUGACUAUCAGGAGGGGGAGAUUGAAGAAGACAAGGAGGUGGAAGAGGCUGAGGAGCAAGUGCCAGAAAAAGAGGAGAACCCUGGUAACUUGGCUGCAAGGUCCAGAACUGGGACAGGAAGGAGCUGGCCUACAGAAGAGGCGCAUCAGCACUUUCAGAGCUCAAUAGAAAGAAAGCCAGAUGACCAGUGUUCCUCAGAGUGCCCAGCUCCCGUCUCCAAGGAACAAGCUGCACCCUUGCCCAUAAGCAACCAACGAGAGAAGAGAGCAGCCAGACCUCCGAAAAAAAAGUUUCAGAAAGCGGGACUGUACUCGGAUGUGUACAAGACUGAGGACCCUCGCAGUCAGAUUUUACAAUUAAAGAAAGAGAAGCUGGAGUACGUACCUGGGGAACAUGAAUACGGCUUAUUUCCUGCUCCAAUACAUGUUGGGAAGUACCUGAGACAGAAACGCAUAGAUUUCCAGUUGCCUUAUGACAUCUUAUGGUUGUGGAAACAUGAUCAGCUUCACAAGAGGCCUGAUGUCCCCCUUUAUAAAAAGAUCAGAUCAAAUGUCUACGUGGACGUGAAGCCUCUCUCUGGUUAUGAAACAACCACGUGCAACUGUAGGUCUCCUGAAAACUUGACUGAAAAAGGUUGCCUGGAUGAUUGCCUGAAUAGAAUGAGCUUUGCUGAGUGCUCUCCCAGUACUUGUCCAUGUAGUGAUAAGUGUGACAACCAGCACAUCCAGAGACACGACUGGGUCCAGUGUCUGGAGCGAUUUCGUGCUGAAGGAAAGGGUUGGGGCAUCCGCACCAAGGAGCCUCUUCGCUCUGGACAAUUUAUCAUCGAAUACCUGGGAGAAGUGGUGAGCGAGCAGGAGUUCAGGAACCGUAUGAUGCAGCAGUACUUCUCCCAUAGUGGCCACUACUGCCUGAACCUGGAUAGUGGGAUGGUGAUUGACAGCUACCGAAUGGGCAAUGAGGCACGCUUCAUAAACCACAGCUGUGAGCCUAACUGUGAGAUGCAGAAGUGGUCAGUGAAUGGGGUGUACAGGAUUGGUCUCUUUGCUCUCAAAGACAUCAACAGCGGUACUGAACUCACCUACGACUACAACUUCCAUUCCUUCAAUACUGAAGAGCAGCAAGUGUGCAAGUGUGGCUCGGAGAGCUGCCGGGGCAUCAUUGGAGGGAAGAGUCAGCGUAUAAACGGCUUGCCUGGAAAACCUGGAGGGGCUCGGCGGUUGGGUCGGUUCAAGGAAAAAAGGAAGUCCAAACACCAACUCAAGAAAAGAGAGGAAGAGUCAAGCGACAGCAACAAGUUUUAUCCACAUCUCAUGAAGCCCAUGUCUAACAGAGAGAGAAACUUUGUGCUAAAGCAUCGAGUUUUUCUUCUGAGAAACUGGGAGAAGAUGAGGGAGAAACAGGAGCUGCAGAAGAGGGAGGGUGAAAGAGAGAGGGACGCCAGCAGCCUCUCCAUGUACGCCCGCUGGGGGGGAGUCAUCAGAGAUGACGGCAACAUCAAGUCAGAUGUGUUCUUGACGCAGUUUUCAGCUCUGCAGACGUCGCGGUCGGUUCGCACACGGAGACUUGCUGCUGCCGAAGAAAACACAGAAGUUACGCGCACUGCACGCCUCGCACACAUCUUCAAGGAGAUUUGUGACAUGAUCACAAGCUACAAGGACUCAUCUGGCCAGAUACUCGCAGCUCCUUUGGUGAACCUCCCGUCCAGAAAGAGGAAUAGCCAGUACUACGAGAAGGUGUCUGACCCUCUCGACCUGAGCACCAUCGAGAAGCAGAUUCUCACCGGCCAUUAUAAGACCGUGGAAGCGUUUGACACAGACAUGCUCAAAGUGUUUCGUAACGCAGAGAAAUAUUACGGUAAGAAGUCGUCAGUAGGCAGAGACGUAUGCCGGCUGAGGAAAGCUUAUUACAGCGCUCGCCAUGAAGCUGCGGUCCAGAUCGACGAGAUCGUAGGUGAGACCGCCAGUGAAGCAGACAGCUCCGAUUCCCUGGAGCGCGACCACGUUCACCACCACGGAGGAGGGCCGGGGUCCCACGACAAAGACGAUGAUGUCAUCCGUUGCAUCUGUGGGAUGUACAAAGACGAAGGCUUGAUGAUCCAGUGUGAAAAGUGCAUGGUGUGGCAGCACUGCGACUGCAUGCGUCUGGAGACUGAAGUGGAGCACUACCUAUGUGAGCAGUGUGACCCUCGGCCUGUGGACAACGAGGUUCCCAUGAUACCGCAGCCCAGCUACGCACAGGCUGGCUCAAUCUACUACAUAUGUCUCCUUAGGGAUGACCUGCUGCUACACCAAGGGGAUUGUGUGUAUCUGAUGAGAGACAGCAGGCGCACAACUGAAGGGCAGCCUGUUAGGCAGUCGUACCGCCUCCUGACUCACAUAAACCGAGAUAAACUCGACAUCUUCCGAAUUGAGAAACUGUGGAAAAAUGAAAAGGGUGAGCGGUUUGCUUUCGGUCAUCACUACUUCCGUCCCCACGAGACGCACCACUCUCCAUCACGGCGUUUCUACCAGAACGAGUUGUUCCGCAUGCCGCUGUAUGAGAUCAUCCCCCUGGAGGCGGUGGUGGCAACAUGCUGCGUCCUCGAUCUUUACACCUACUGCAAAGGACGGCCAAAAGGUGUGAAAGAACAGGACGUGUACAUCUGCGAUUACCGCUUGGACAAGUCAGCGCACCUGUUCUACAAGAUCCAUCGGAACCGCUACCCGGUCUGCACCAAGCCAUACGCCUUCAACCAUUUCCCAAAGCGGCUCUCUCCUAAAAGAGACUUUUCGCCUCAUUAUGUUCCUGACAACUACAAGAGGAACGGCGGCCGAUCAGCCUGGAAAAGCGAGCGACCCAAAGAAACGUCCGGCUGCGAAGACGACGGCUCUUCCUGCGAGCGAAGCGAGGACUUCCCACCCGAAGAAGAAGAUGGAAGAGAAGAAGAUGACAUGGACGUGGAGGAUCCCAAACUUCUUUCAGCCAAGCACAGACGACCUGACCGAGGAAGACGACGAGGAGGAGAUGAUGAGGAUGAAGACGAGGAGGAAGACGAAGAAGAAGAAGAGGACGGGCUGGAGGCCGAGGUCCGCAAGGAGCUUGAGGAAAGUUCCAAAGAGAGGAUGGAAGAGAUGCUCGAGCUGCCGUCGUCUUCAGCCUCCUCGCCUCUUCAUCAUCCAGCUCUGGGCAAAAGAGAAGCCCAGAGGGAACGACUCAACAAGAUUCUGCUGGACCUGCUGCACAGAACACCCAACAAGAACGGUGAGGGGCCGGGAACAAAGCAGGGGGCUAUAGACGUCUCAUAUCUCCUCGAUGAGGGAGCGGGCCGGCGUUUACGGCGAAGGACGCUUGGAUUUGGCGAUUUUGUUAGAAAAUAACCUUUUUGCAAGACUCUGAUGCCUUUCACUGACGCGAACGAGGAGCAGAAAACGGAGACGCGGCGAGGAGGGAAAUGAGCACGGCUGGUUGUCCCGCCAUUACGGACCACAGUGCGUCCCUGGGGUGCCUGUUCCAGCUUACCUCUUCCAAAACUGUCCUCUCAAUUUUGAGACGGUGGAGGGGUUCGGAAGUGCUGACUUGGAGGCAGUUUCAGCUUGUCAGGAGAUCUGCCGAAGAACGCUGACCCAGUCUUCUUGCUUAUCUACGUAGUAUAAUGCAACCCCCCCUUUUUUUUUUUAAACGAACAUAGGACAUAAUGCAUCGAACAUUACAAACAGGGGUAGAUGUAUUCUGCUAGCGAGGACGAGAAAUGAACGGUACUGACUUAUUGUUUAGUUUCAGCAGGGAUGCAAACGCUGAACAAUUGUUUUCCUUCGUGGGAUCUAGCUGCAAUGACAGAAAUAUAACAAACGAGAGAAGCUUCGUGUCAGGACGUCGGGUGGCAAAUGUCAUAGGAGGAAGCUGAGCGUGUGCUGCGAUGCGCUUUAGAGAGAACAACGGUGAACUGCACUUUUGGUACCAUAGAUAUUGUGAAGCUCUAAUGAAACACACUAACACUCUCACAGUAUUGGCUGCAGUCUGAAAAAUAAGGUUAAAAAGUCUAUUAUUGAUAUUUUUUCUUGUAACUCAUUUAGGAGAGGCCUGUGGUGCGUUUGGUUCUGGGGAGGGAAGGGGUUCAGUUUGCGCUUAUGUCCAAGUGUCCUGUUAAUAUUUUUUACUUAGUCGUGAGGCAGUCCCUCUUUUUCGAAGUAACGUGAUUCACCAGCUUAUCUAAAUCAGCGGAGGAGGGGGUCGCCGGCUUUAGUAACGCCUUACACAGCCGCGGCCCCCCACUGCCUUGCGUGCGAGUGUGUGUGUCUGCCAGAUUUUGUGAAAAUAUACCUUUUUAAAAAAUAAAUAAAUAAAAAAUUAAGGGCUCGAUGGCAAUUAGCAGUUUUAAGAAAACUAUGGAAAACAGUACUUAACAUGAAAUGUAUCGUGAUGGUCAUAUUUUCUUAUAUUCUGAUGGGCGGGGCAGUAUAUACUGUAUAUUUCAAGGGGGCUAAUUACUUAAGAUCCCUUUUUUUUGUCGUCGGACUAUGUUGCCAUAGAGAAUGUGUAAAAAAAAAAAAAAAGUUGAUAUUUGACGAGACUUUCUUUUGUCCCCUAAAUGCCUCUGCAAAAACGGGACAAGCUGCAAUGUCCCGGUGUGAAAAACUGACAGCAGCGACGAGAACGAGA